CGGGGUUGUGACCUCCAGGUUUCUGCUCUCUGCCCGACCCGAAUGAUUCAAAUCUAGAGUCAGUGCGGGACGCGACUCGACGCGUAUUGGUUCUCUUUCUCUACUUUACACAUCCAUUAUCACCUGCUUCACUCUUUUCUCACUCUAUUAACGACUAUCGCCGCCCAAAGAGGGCUACUUCGUGUUACGACAGGCAAGGCGACGGCCCACGAUGGCGAAAUCUAACGGAUCUGGGGGGUCAAAAUCUCUUCAUGAUUAUCAACUCGGCGACUCGUUGGGCAAAGGUGCAUUCGGCCAGGUCUAUCGUGCUCUGAACUGGGCCACUGGGGAAACAGUAGCUGUGAAGGAGAUUCAGUUGAGCAAUAUUCCAAAAAGUGAUCUUGGAGAGAUAAUGUCGGAAAUCGACUUGCUCAAGAAUCUUAAUCACCCGAAUAUAGUCAAGUACAAGGGUUUUGUCAAGACUAGAGAUUUCCUCUACAUCAUCCUCGAAUUUUGCGAAAACGGAUCUCUACACGGUAUUCUCAAGCGCUUUGGAAAAUUUCCCGAGAACUUGGUCGCAGUAUACACCUCCCAGAUAUUGGAAGGUCUCGUCUAUCUCCAUGAUCAAGGUGUCAUUCAUCGGGACAUCAAGGGUGCCAAUAUCCUCACGAACAAGGAUGGGACCGUCAAAUUGGCUGAUUUUGGUGUCGCAAGUAGUACAACGACAGGCGCAGUCAGUAACGAUGCAGUAGUCGGGAGUCCAUAUUGGAUGGCUCCCGAGGUGAUAGAACAAUCCGGCGCAACGACCGCAUCAGAUAUUUGGAGUGUAGGUUGUGUUGUCAUCGAGCUACUUGAAGGAGCACCUCCCUAUCACGACCUUGAUCCAAUGCCUGCCCUAUUUCGCAUCGUACAGGACUACUAUCCGCCAAUACCCGAGGGAGCCUCACCCGUUGUCAAAGACUUCCUGAUGCAUUGCUUCCAGAAGGACUGCAAUCUUCGAAUUUCAGCGAAGAAGCUUCUACGGCAUCCCUGGAUGAUAUCGGCACGGAAGCAACUGGGUGAACCGCUCGAUACCAGUGAAGCAAAAGACAAGUCCAAAACAGCUGGAAGGCCCUUAAGUAAUUACAACUACGAUGAAGCCGUGUUGAAAGUGCAAGCAUGGAAUGAAGCACUCAAGUCACCUUCACGGCCUUCAAAGCACCCAAGCCGAGGGCAGCCUCAGCGACCAUCCACACCCACGCGUGGAGGGCAAAGCUUGCCGCCUCCCGAGAUCCUACCCAUCUCUGGUUCGGCAGGCUCAUUACCCAGCGUGGGUGUUGCUCCGCGGAAAGGAGGAAUUAACCUUGUAGAGAAGAUUCAGCCCAUGUCGUUUGCGUUGACGGCACCGGAAGAGCAGACCGACAAUUGGGACGAUGACUUCGAGGAGGGUAUCUCAUUUACGAAGCUCCAAGCUCUCGAGCGGACGUCUGCAGACGAAGAGAAGGGUGUUGAGGUCGAAUCCGAUGACAACGCACAGACUAUUAAGCCUAAUCGAAGCCCUGGUCCAAAUAUUGUAUCUUUGGCCAAACCUCCCUCAGCGGACAUGAAUCCGAUUAUUGAAGAUUACUCCGAUCUGGCUGCCGCGGAAGACGAAGGUGGUUUAGAGACUAAACUGGCAGAUUUCAAGAUGAAGAACUCUUUCCGCCGUGGCCUGUUUCAUCCUGACGAUAUCAAGGCUUUUGGUUUGGGCAACGUGUCACCAGGGCCCAAGACGGCACCACUUCCAGACGUUUCAGGACAAGGAAGACCCUACGAUAGACCCUCAAGGCCACUAAGCUCGACAAUGGAAGCCUCGUUACGGAGAAGUCCGAAGAAUCCUAGUCCACCUUCGUUGCGUGGUAGCCACACACGAUCAUUUUCUUUUGUUAGUUCAGGUUCUGGCGGGUCUGGAGGUGGUUCUAUGGGGAGAGCAGAAGCAAGAAGAAUGAUGAACGUGGCGGAGUUUGACAAGUACGCGGAGGACGACGAUGAAGAUUACGAGGAUGUGUUUGGAAAGCUGAACGGAACAGUUUCUGAACACCCCAUUGGAUUGAAGUUGAACACCAGACUGUCAAAUCGUUCAUGGCUCAGGGAGGAAGAUUCGGACGAAGAAGAUCCAUUUGCGGAGAUUGACGAAGGAUUUUCUGAAGAUGAUCUCGAGGCCAACCUUCAGAGAGACAAAUAUGCUCGAUUGUGCAAUCAAGUCAACUCGCUCAUCGAUGAACUAACCCCGUCAGCACCGGAUUUCCAACUGCGAGAUGCUUGCGAUCAACUGCUCACUAUUAUGGCCGACACACCAGAUAUGCAAAUGCAGCUGGUGUCAUCCCACGGAAUGUUGGCUAUUUUGGAGGUAUUGGAGGGCAAAUGUUCUCGAGAUGUGAUCAUGAAGCUUCUCCAGAUAAUCAAUGUCCUGGUCACGGCCGAUGUCGGCGUCCUAGAAAGCUUCUGUUUGAUCGGCGGUAUACCUGUCAUGAUGGGAUUCACCUCCAAGAAGUACCCUUCAGAAUGCAGACUGGAAGCCUCAAAUUUCAUUCGACUGUUGUGCAAUACAUCGGUUCUCACUCUGCAGAUGUUCAUUUCAUGUCGUGGGCUCAAGGUUCUGGUUGAUCUUUUGGACGAGGAUUAUACAGAGCAAGCAGACCUAGUGGUCCAUGCUCUGAAUGGGAUAGGGAGCGUUUUUGAAUUGCAAAGUCCGACGACCAAAAACGACUUUUGUCGUAUGUUCAUCAGAGAAGGGUUGCUAGAUCCGUUGUCCUCCGCUUUGCUGAAUGUCAUGGGUUCACGUAGCCCGUCCUCGACGGAAAUGAACAGGAAGAUCAUACAAAUCCUGCUUGUGUUUUCUCAAGUGUCGCAAUCGGAUAUACAUGUGCGAAAUGCGCUGGGGACGAGGAAGGUCGUUCGACGUCUACUUCGUGCUUGCGAGCUUCUCGAGCCAGAUUGUCUCGUGAUGAUGCUCAAAGCCGUCAAACACUUGUCAAUGAACGUCACUUUACUCGAUGUGCUUCAGAAUGCAAAUGCUAUUGAGAUUUUGGUUCAUAUCCUAGAGGAGCAGUCCACCGGUCCCCAUAGUGCCGAAAUGUCAAAUCAUAUCUUCCACACUUGCUUUAACCUGUGUCGUCUAAACAAAUCGCGGCAAGAAGAAGCUGCUCAAGCCGGUAUCGUACCAUGUUUACAGAAAGUCAUCGAGACGAAAUCGCCUCUCAAGCAAUUUGCUCUUCCGAUCCUUUGUGACCUUGCCAGCGCUGGCAAGAGUUGUCGAACGCUUUUGUGGCAACAUGAUGGCCUCAAUAUGUACCUCAAGCUUUUGGACGAUCCAUACUUCCAGGUUAGCGCUAUGGAGUCAAUAAUAUCAUGGCUCCAGGAUGAGACCGCUCGGGUGGAGGACGAGCUCACCAGAUCGGAUUCUAUCAAUGUUCUUCUGAACUGCUUCGUCACAGCCAAAGCGAACUCAUUUGAGAACCUCCUUGACCUCUUCCUCAAGAUCACUCGAAUUUCGACCCCGAUCACGAUAGGCCUUUCCAAAUCUUCUGCGUUCUUCAAACGUAUCAAAGACCGUAUUUCGCACAACACCAAAGCUGUCGUUAGGCUCAACUUACUCAAGAUACUCAAGACCGUUUGUGAGGUGCAUCCUAACCGUCAGAUGCUUGUGGAGAAAUACGGACUUUUGGGUGUGGUUGAAGGACUCAGUAGGGGAGGGGGCGAUGGGGCAGUGCUUGUCCGAGAAUUGGCGAGAGAGAUUGUACCUGUUCUUCGGCCUUCGCUGAAGCCAGCGAUGGCAUCGAAGAGUAAAGGUUCUAGCGGAACAAACGGGAGCGGCCACAGCGAUUCGCCUAAGCCGCCAUUAGCACCCAAGCGAAUGAGACGAGCGGCCUCGGAGACGUCUGCCGCUACUCUAGGUCAAUUGGGAAUACCCCCGAGCACCGGUAGAGUCGGGAAGCCAAAAUCGAGGCAAAAACUGGGUGAUAUUCCGUGGCAAGCUGACAGCGGGUCUGGAGGUCGGAGGAGUUGAUGCGAACGCGCGUUUGCACAGUGUACGAUAUCUGUUUUAUCUUGGUCGUUGACUUAUAUACGUUUUUCUCGUCUCGUUUUAUCAUCCGUCGUACGUAGUCAUAAUCAGACGUACACACACCAUUCCUUAGUCUUUGUCGCAUUGCACUCAAUCUACUAUACUUAACAUAAUUGUUAGCCACUAGGUUCGGGGUUCUAGCUUACAGUUGUUGGAUGACAUUCUAAAAUAUCAUUAUUGGGUGGCCAUCGGUGCUACGACAGUUGUUAUUAACGCAGGCCACUAUCCUGGGGAUGACGA